ACCAACUUUUAUCCACACUUACGAGUUUGUUAGUUUAAUUCUAUUUCACAAGCUUCAUUGGAUGCACGUACGUAGAUUUAGGGAGUAAUGGGGCGUUGGCUGCUGGAAGAGCUUCACCCUGGGUUAGCCAAGGAAUUAUUUAUUCGGUAAUCAACUCGUACAGUCUGGUAUGUCAGCAACCUAGCUGGCCUAGCUAGCGUGGGUCAGAGCCAUUGGCGUAGCUAGCUAUCCGCAUUCUCUGAGAGGAUGGCUACUGUAGGACGUUGUCGCCUCCAUUCUUAAGAAAAUUAUUAAUAUUUUGAUUCCGAUCAUUGUGAUCACCUGAUUUGACAUGUUAAGGAAUUGUUGUCAGUCACAUCCGCAACGGCAUCGUUCACGAUAAACAUUUACAGUGCUUUUGUACUUUUGCGUAUUUAUUUAACAGGCCGGUAUGCUGGACGUGGGGAAGUGGCCAGUGUUUGCACUCCUGCCUCCUGAAGAACUUCGUCUCAUUCGCCAGGCUUGUGUUUUUGGUAGUGCUGCAAAUGAAGCGCUAUAUGUAACUGUUAAUGAUGAGGUAUUUGCUCUGGGCACCAACUGCAGUGGCUGUUUGGGACUUGGAGACCUGCAGAGUACUAUUGAACCUCGUAGGAUUGACAUCCUCUGUGGAAAGAAGAUUGUUUCAUUAAGCUAUGGCACGGGACCACAUUUGGUUAUCGCCACAGCUGAUGGAGAGGUUUAUGCUUGGGGACAUAAUGGCUACAGCCAAUUGGGAAAUGGGACCACCAACCAUGGACUAACCCCAGCUCUGGUCUCCACUAACCUGCUCAGCAAAAGAGUGACUGAGGUCGCCUGUGGCUCCCACCAUACCAUUGCUCUCACCACUGAGGGGGAGGUGUUUGCAUGGGGGUACAACAACUCUGGCCAAGUUGGCUCGGGCUCCACAGCCAACCAGCCUACUCCAAGACGGGUCAGCAGCUGUCUGCAGAACAAAGUGGUUGUCAACAUAGCCUGUGGCCAACUCUGCUCCAUGGCUGUGCUGGACAAUGGGGAGACCUACGGUUGGGGAUAUAAUUGUAACGGGCAGCUUGGCCUGGGCAACAACGGGAACCAGCAGACUCCCUGCAGGAUUGCUGCCAUUCAGGGUGUUAACAUUGUGCAGGUUGCCUGUGGAUAUGCACAUACAUUGGCCCUUACAGAUGAGGGACUUGUUUACGCCUGGGGGGCAAACUCUUAUGGGCAGCUGGGAACAGGCAACAAGAGUAACCAAUCCCUGCCUACACUCAUUAACAUGGACAAGGAGAGGAUGGUAGAAGUAGCAGCCUGUCACACAAGCCACACAUCUGCAGCUAAGACCCAGAGUGGUCAGGUCUUUAUGUGGGGUCAGUGUCGGGGACAAGCUGUAGCCUGUCCCCACCUUACCCACUUUGGCACGACAGAUGAUGUGUUUGCUUGCUUUGCUACGCCAGCUGUCACCUGGCACCUCCUCACUGUAGAUGGUGAUGACUAUCUAACGGUUGCACAAUCCUUGAAAAGGGAGUUUGACAGCCCAGAUAUCUCUGACUUAAAAUUCUUGGUUGAUGGAAAAUGCAUCCAUGUUCACAAAGCCCUCCUAAAAAUCAGAUGUGAGCAUUUCCGUGCCCUGCUGAAUGAGACAGAUGAGGAGUCCAUCGAGAUCCACCAGUUCUCCUACUUGGUGUACCGCGCCUUCCUAGAGUAUCUUUACACUGACACUAUCAACCUGCCACCAGAGGAUGCCAUAGGGUUGCUGGACCUAGCCACAUACUACCGUGAGACCAGGCUAAAGAGACUCUGUCAGGAGACGAUAAAGAGAGGGAUCUCAGAGGAAAAUGCUAUAACCCUGUUCUCUGCUGCUGUAAAGUAUGAGGCCCGGGAGCUGGAGGAGUUUUGCUUCAAGUUCUGUGUCAACCACCUGACUGCUGUUACACAGACCGAGGCCUUCGCUGACAUGGACCAUGACCUUCUAAAGAACUUCAUCAGCAAAGCCAGCCGCUACGGGGCUUUCAAAAAUUGACUGCAUUGGGAUGGGCUUUAAGAUGAUAAGAGAUGGAAGGUGAGUGGUCAGAACUUCAUUGAGAAACAUAAAAGCUAACCUGGUCAAAUUCUGCUCUUUUGCUGUUAUCAUACCCUUACCUACCCAUCUGUAAGGAAACUGAGGACCUAGCUAUAUAGUUACACUUCAAGCACAAAACGGAGACCAAACAAGGAAGCUACUGUGACUAUGGCAAAAUAGACACAACAGCAACCCCCACCUAUCUGCCAGUGCGUGCGUGUGCGUGAGGAUAAAUGUGUAUAUGAGAGGUCCCAGUUGGAACUCUGCAGUGCAAAGGUGUUUCAAAAGGAGGUCUCAUGUUCAAUUCUAAUUUGAAAACAUUUUUUAUCCCAGAUUCCAUAUCAGGGAGAGGAGUGUUCCAUAUUUGCCUAGAUAUCAGCAAUGGUGAAAAGGACAAGCAUUUUACUUUUUGACCAAUCAGGAGUAUAAGGGAGUUUCUCCAGGCAUGGCAUGAGUUGCCCCUUCUCAUUGUCCUUAAAGCCUUUCCUAAAAUAAGUUUUGUUUUACUAGUAGAUAACUUCAUAAUUUUCAAUAAAUGAAAAGUAUUCAAAUUUUUACUUGAAACAAACAUUUUUGGUAGAACUUUUUUACUGACUGUUUUACAUGACCCAUAUUAAUUGUUAUUUUAGUUAUUUACAGUGGUCAAAAUGUUACUGAGUUUUAUAGAAUACCUUUAUGCUUUUGUUAUCCAACAUUGGUUUUACUGUCAUCAUAUUGAGUAGCAUUCAGAGUAGUGAAGUACUUCACAGGGUCAGUGUUUUCAUGUACAGUACUCCAAGGGCUGAGGUUCUGAGAGAUGUAUGUACCUGUGUAGAUGUGUAACUCUGUGUGUGCAGCUGGAAGCUUAUCUCUUGCUUUUAAAGGAAAGAUGACAGAUUAUCCCAUUAGCUGUAAAUUAAUUUCCUGUUGCUGACACCACAUAGUAGAACAACAGUUUCAUAAUGCUGCAGCUGGUGUUACUUGCAGGUAUAGCAUGUUUACAGAUGUCAUCAUUUAACGUUUGUCAUUUCAAUAAUAUGCCUCUAGUGUGUACAUUUUCCCAAACCUCUUAUCAAUGAGAGCACUACUGCUAGACCAGUGCAAUAGCCAACUUAUAAUGGAGACCUCUGUGUUGAGCAACCAAUAAUUUAUUACAUUUUCUAUAUAAAAUGCUUGUAAUCCAUUAAAGAUGAUGAUACGGAAAGCUUUAACAUUGA